AUGCAUGCCGACGAGGCCAUAACACUUUGUCCAACGGCUGUAUGGGGGGCAUCGACUGCUACCACAGUGGCUGGUUCAUCGUCGGGUUUGCCAGGUUCAACUCUAAACAUGCUUCGUUUGCCAUGGGCUGUAUUUGUUGACAACACAUCCACUGUCUACGUCUCAGACUGGGCAAACAAUCGCGUACAAAAAUGGUUAGCAAACGCCACCAAUGGAACAACUGUGGCUGGCGGCAACCCCGGCAUAGCUCUUAAUCAAUUGACUGAUCCCAGAGGUAUAAGUGUAGAUGCGAACGGCCAUGUCUACGUGGUUGAUUCGAUCAAUGCGCGAGUGAUGAAAUGGGCACCAAACAGCACAGCCAAUGCUAAUGGCACCAUUGUAGCUGGUGGUAACGGCACGGGUAGUGGAGUCAACCAACUCAAUUAUCCAGACGGUCUGUUCGUCGAAAGUGAGACGGGUAUCGUUUGGAUUGCGGACACCAACAAUCAUCGUAUAGUCAAGUGGUUAUCACCAUCAGCGGGUUCUGUUGUUUGUGGUAGCUAUGGCAGUGGACUCAAAGAAUUCGCGUUCCCACGCGGGCUUUUCGUCGAUACCAGCGCCUCAAACACUCUUUAUGUGGCAGAUACUGGAAACCAUCGAAUCCAAAAAUGGCUUUCCGGCGCAAGCAGCGGUACAACAGUGGCAGGACAACCACACAUUUCCGGUAAUGCACUCAAUCAACUCUACAACCCACAAGCUGUCAUUGUCGAUUUCAAUGGCAACAUAUUCAUUGCGGAUACAUUUAACAACCGAAUCAUGCUCUGGAGAAAUGGAGACAUCACAGGCAGCGUAGUUGUGGACAGCAGUACUGCACCCUCGCAACUGAAUGGACCACAAAGUCUAAGCUUGUAUCCCGAUGAAGCCAUUGCCGUUGCCGAUUCAUUCAAUAUGCGAGUCCAAAAAUUUGUCCUAUCUUGUCCUACUACUACUACUACAACUACAACAACCUCAACAACUACAACGACCACAUCAAUUACAAUGAUUACAAUAAUUACAACGACUACAAUGACUACAAUGACUACAAUGACUACAACGACCGCAAUGACAGCAACGACUGCAACGACAACAACGCCACUGCUGCAUGGUUAUUGGAACACAACAGGCGUAACGAUAGCCGGUGGUUAUGGUUCGAAUGCCUCUCAGUUAAACUAUCCAUUGGAUGUUGCAAUCGAUUCGAACAAUUAUCUGUAUGUGGCUGAUUUUAACAAUUGUCGUAUUCAACGUUGGCUAGUCGGAAAUCUGACUGGCGUAACUGUGGCUGGCACUACUAGUGUUUGUGGUAGUAAUGCAAAUCAGCUCCGUGCGCCCACUUGUGUUUUUGUUCAUUCAAAUGGUGCUUUGUACAUAUCGGACUCUAGCAACACCAGAAUUCAGCGCUGGACCAACGGAGCAAGUAGUGGUACAACUGUGGCAACCAACAUCAUCAGUUACGGUGUCUAUGUUGAUAGCUCCGGGACGCUCUAUGCAUCAGAUUGGAAUAAUCACCAAGUAUUGCGUUGGCCAGGAAGUGGAGGUAUCACGAACGUUAUUAUCGCAGGUGGCAAUGGACCAGGUUCCGCUUCAAAUCAACUGUCUUCCCCAAAAGGUAUAUAUGUGGAUUCAUCUUCGUCGUAUGUUUACGUGGCCGAUACUUUCAAUCACCGUAUCCAACGGUGGUCUAUUGGAGACUCAACAGUUUCAACUGUUUGUGGCGGCAACGGAUUAGGUUUAGGCAUGCAUCAACUGAGUAAUCCGAGCAGUGUGCUUGUUGACAAUUCCGGCUAUAUAUAUGUGUCAGAUUCUGGUAAUAACAGAAUCGUCCAAUGGGGACCAAGUGCGACUUACGGCGUCCUCUUAGUGGGUUCGUAUGGCUCACAAGCGUCUCAAUUUAGCACACCAUACGGUAUUAAAUUCGAUUCGAACUGGAACUUGUAUGUGGCUGACAGUGGCAAUUCACGAAUUCAAAAAUUCUACAAUCAACAAUCUCCCUCAACUUCAGCUGCCACGGGUACGUUUUAA